UUUAUCCUUUUUUUCGGAAAAAAAUAGGGAAAAGUCAAAAAAAAUCUAGACCAGGCUGGUAAAAAAGUUGUUUCUAUCGGUCGGUCACGAAUUCUCUACCGAACCGGACCGGACUGGCAGGUUACCGUUGCCGGUUGCAGCUCUGGUGCAGAAGGCUUUAUAGCAGUGGAUCUUUCACAUUUCACUAAAACUCAAUAAUAUUUAUUUGAAAUUCUUUCGAUUUCAUUUGGACUUUUUAGUGGUAUAUAUGAAAAUUCUUUUGAUCAGAAAGAUAUUGAUGGUAACAUAUGACUUGAUGGAGAAUUAUUAGAUGAUCAAACAGAAGCAAAUUUUUUGAACCAUCAAAAAAGUUUGGUGAAUAUCUUCAAAUUUAUACUGAACAAGUUUCCUCGAAAAUUACUUGGGAUACUCAAAGGAUAAAAAGUAUUAAUAAACCAAUAACAUGGUUUCAAUCAUGAUUUGAUUUGGAUCAUUGUGUACGAGAAGAUACCAAUGCUAAUCCGAUUUUACUUGAUGCUCAAGGUCUUAAGCGUGGUCAUGCAUUUAUUAAUGGAAAUGAUCUUAGACUUUAUUGGUUAAUUCAAAGUAUUUGUCAAAAUAACUCACCUUGUUGUCAUCAACAUGCUGAAACUAAUUUUUUAAAACCAACUCAACGUUAUUAUCAUAUUCCAUCUAAUUGGCUUAAAUCGAAAAAUAAUUUAAUUACAAUAUUUGAUGCUUUUGGUGCGCCAUCAUCCGUAUCAGUUGGUCUCGUACAACGUAUCCUUACAAACUCAUAA